AUGGCGACGACGAGUGAUUCAAUAUCAGUGAAGAUUAACUGCUUCCACUCGGGUGUGUUCAAAGCUGAAGAUGGGAAGCUAAAUUAUGUCGAUGGUCUUUUGGAGCAGUUUGAAGUCGAUGGUGAUGCGGCUUAUGAAGAAGUUCAGAAGAUCAUUGUUAAGAUAUUUAGAGUGGGGAGAAUGUGGUACAAGUUACCAUUUGAGGAUAUAUCAGAGAAGAAGGAGUUGCUUGAAGAUGACGAGAAAACCAAAAAGAAGAUGAGUUCUAAUGGUCGUUGGUACGAGGAGCUUGAUGUCUUCAUAGAGAAACCUGAAACUGGUGUUCUUACUGGUGAUGGUGCUGUGGUGGACGCAGUGACUGGGAACGAACCUGUUGAUGGUGACGAGUUGGAUGUUGAGCAACAAGAUGAUAAUUCUGAUGGUGAUCAUGGUGAUCAUGAAGCAGGAGAGAGUGAAGAUGAGUAUCAAGCGAGUGAUGAAUCUGAUAAAGAAGAGGAUAUUGACAGAAAUUUUGAAGAGGAUGUUGAGAUGUUCAGGGAUGAGAACUACGAUGAGGAGAUUCCAGACGAGGAGGAGGUAUAUUCUGACACGGAGGAGUCAUCUGAUGAUGAAGAGGAACAAGCUGAGAGGAUGGCUAAUAGGGGUGAAUUAGAUGGCAUUUUUAGUCUUAGGCAGGCCUUUUACAGUGGUGAAGAGUUCAAGAAGCAAGUGAUCAAAUAUAUUCUGAAGACGAGAAGAAAUAUAGUCUUCAGCAAAUGGGAGAAGACAAAGAUUGGUGCUAAAUGUGGUGGUAAAGGAAGUGUGUUGCGUAUAUACUGCUCAGUAGAGAGACUCAUCAAGAAAUGGAUGGUGAAAGUGUAUGUUAACACACAUACGUGCCAUCCCACAGGGAAGUGUAAACUCAUCAAAGCCCCUGCCAUUGCUGAAGUUAUGUUGGAGAAAAUCAAGAAGGAACCUGAAAUGAGUGCUCCAAUGAUUAGAGAAGAGUUUAGGGAUAAGUUUAACAUCAUAAUCUCUCCCGAGCAGGCCAAGAUUGCGAGGCGUAUUGUUCUUGAUAAGCUACAGGCCGAGUGCAAUGAGCAUUUUGCAAGGCUAAAUGACUAUGAGAUGGAACUAUUACGUUCAAAUCCUGAUAGCAAAAUAGAGAUCAAUACAACAACAAAACCAAAUGGAGCGAAAGUAUUCCACUCCAUGUAUAUCUGCUUUCACAAAAUUCGCGUGGCAUGGAAGGAAUAUUGCAGGCCGGUUAUUGGAUUAGAUGGGACAUUCCUCAAGCACAGCUCUCUUCAAGGACUGAUUCUCACUGCGAUAGGAAGGGAUCCCAAUAACCAGAUAUAUCCAAUAGCAUGGGCUGUGGUCAACUCUGAGAGCAAUGAUAAUUGGCAAUGGUUUAUUCACAGGUUGAAGAUUGAUUUGGGUUUAGGCAUGGGUGAUCUUGUGACAAUCAUUUCAAAUCAGCAUAAGGGACUGAUUCAUGGAGUUGCAGUUGAGUUGCCAAGAGCUGAACAUAGAGCUUGUGCUAGGCACAUUUAUUCUAAUCUGAAGAAGAAUCAUUAGUCUGAUACACUGAAGCCACUCUUCUGGCGUAUUGCAUGUAGCUACAACGAGGCUGACUAUGAGAAGAGUUUGGAUGUUUUCAAAUAGUUUGAUCCACUAGCAGCUGACGAGCUUCUGAAGAAGGAUCCUUCUACUUGGUGCAGGGCUUUUUUCCGGAUAGGUUCGUGUUGUUCUGAUACACACAACAACUUCACUGAGUCUUUCAAUAGAACUUUGAAGAUAGCAAGAAAGAAGCCUUUCAUUCAGAUGCUUGAGUUGAUUAGAAGAGAUGCAAUGCAGCGGAUAGCUACUAGAUGUAAGACAGCGAAAGAUGAGACGAGUCUCGUUACAAAGAAGGCGAGAAAGGAGGUUGAAAAGUCUUGUGAUGAAGCUAAGCAUUGCUAUUCUUUGCCUAGCACAGGUGGUGAUUAUGAGUGUGUUGAAUUUGGAAAUGGUUACAGUGUGAAUUUGCCAUCUCGUAGCUGCGCUUGUAGGAAAUGUGACUUAUCUGGAAUUCCAUGUCGCCAUGCUGUAUCUGUUAUCCGUGAGAACGGUCUCGAGGUUGAAGAUUUUAUUUCAGAUUAUUAUCUGACAUCAAAGUGGCAAGGUUUGUACAUGAAUGGGUUGAGUCCUGUCAAUGGCCCAAAGUUUUGGAAGAAAUCUGGUGGAGACCGUAUUGAAGCACCGCCAUACAAGAGACCUCCUGGAAGACCAAAAGGGAAGGCAAGGAUCAAAGGAGUGAAUGAAUCUCCCAAGAAAAAUGUGACCAAAGUUGAUUGAAAAGGAAGAAUAUGUCAUUGUGGUCUAUGUGGUGGUGAAGGCCACAACUUAAGGAAGUGUUCUCUUGAGUCUGAAGAAAGCAGAAAGCGUAGGCGCCUCAACAUGGAACAAGCAGCUCAGGAACAAGCAAUUGAGGACGUUUCCUCAACUACACCACUGAUGCAGCAUCGUGAUACCUUCACCGCCAAGCAACUACUUUUCUAUUUUCGGCUUUUUUAAGAUUUCUUUUUCUAUCUAUGAUUUCUUUUUCUUAGAUUUGCUAUUUUUAAGAGGAUUAGGUUAUUAUAAACCGUCUCUAAUACCUAUAUAAGGUAUUGUAAGUUGGCUUUAAUAUUCUGUUUUUGAAAGAUAAUAAUCUAGAGUUUUCUCUAAAGCCUUGUAUUGAUUCGAUUAUGUCAUCAAUCCGAGAGCCUUGUAUCGAAUUUGAUUAAGUUCUUCGAUUCAAGAAGUCAGGUCUCUAAAGAUUUAAUCUAAAUCUUUAGAUUUGAGCUGA